GAAAACUAUCUUCAAACGCCUCAGUGAUUUACCAACGGGACAUGGAUUCAGGAUCUAGGCCCUCUCCUCUGCUCAUCUUUGCUUUGUUUAUCUUGGCCCUCCAGUGGCCUGAAGGAACAACAGCCUUCCCCACAAUGCCCCUCUCCAGCCUGUUUUCCAAUGCCGUGCUAAGAGCCCAGCAUCUUCACCAACUUGCAACAGACACCUUCAAGGAAUUUGAACGUUCCUACAUCCCAGAAGACCAGCGGCACUCCAGCAAGAACUCUCAGUCUACAAACUGUUACUCCGAAACUAUCCCUGCACCCACAGGGAAAGAUGAUGCCCAGCAAAAAACAGACAUGGAGCUUCUCAGGUUUUCACUGACCCUCAUUCAAUCAUGGAUCAGUCCUGUAUGGUACCUAAGUAGGAUGUUCAGUAACAGUCUAGCCCUUGGGAUGUCAGACAGAGUCUAUGAAAAACUCCAAGACUUGGAAGAAGGUAUCCAAGCUCUCAUGAGGGAGCUGGAGGAUGGGAGUCCACGUGUUCUUCAGGUCAUCAGACCUGCCUACGAGAAAUUUGAUGGCAAUCUUCGGAAUGAAGGCGCUUUGCUGAAAAACUACAGUCUUCUGUCCUGCUUCAAGAAGGACCUGCACAAGGUGGAGACCUAUCUGAAAGUUAUGAAAUGCCGGCGUUUUGGGGAAGUUAACUGUGCCAUCUGAGGGCCAGACCCAACUUCUGUGCUAUUUUCUAAAGCCCAGUGAAGUCAAAUCUGCUGAUGAUGCCUCUGUGGUGACCUCCUGCAUAUCUGAGCCAAGUCAAGAGCUGUGUAUUUCAUAGUUCUGCUGUUUGUGAGGACCCUGUUUACUUUGUACUUGUCUUUGAAGAAUAAAUGCUAUAAGUAUAGCCUGUGUAGAAGUCCUAUGAAUGCAAUACGGAA